UCAAAGUACAAUUACUAAGGUAACUACGGUACUUCUCUCUCCUAUGGUAGCUACGACAGGCGGAAAUGGGUCCGACCGACUGCGAAGCUAGAGUCGAGUAGCAACAAGCUAGUUGGCUACGCUACUUUCUUGCCUGACGUGUUCUUAGCAAGUUCCGUCAAAAUUGUUCAAUAACACCCGUAGGUGUGUCGCAUUUCAUGCUUUGGUGCGACCCGAGUCGCCCCCCGACCAGAAGGACGAUAACUAGAGGAUCCCGUCACUAAACCAGAGGUAGCAGUCCGAGAAGAACCAUGGCUAGCCGCCUAGCCUUCCAGACCCAGCUCGCCUCCAUCAUGGAGGUGCUGGCUAACGCCGCGGUGGCGGAGAUCUGUAAACUGGUGGACGACGACUACGCGGUGGUGAGCCUGCAAAUGUCUCAGUGCCAGAGAGAGAACAAGGCGCUGAAGAGGAAGCUCAACCUGAUGGAGCUCAAGAUGGCCCGCGGCUUCGCCGAGCGGAGGCUGCGGGACAGCGCCGCCAGUAUCGGCCGAACCAGGGUGCACGUCGGCUCCAACGACCGCUUCAGAUCCUCUUCGGCAGCCUCUGGUGUGGUGUUUGAGGGGCAGAUGGACAUGGUUCCUUGGCCAGGCGGAGUGGUGCCAGGAGCGGCCAGCCGAGAGACCACGACCUGCGACCUCCAGCAGGAUAUGUCUGCGGACGUAGAGCUAGUUGAAGCAGAAUUGGUGAAGCAGGAGAAGAUGGAGGAGGCAGAAGAGGACGUGGAGGAGGAGGUUCAGCUCAUCAGAGCAGAUGGUCAGAUGGAGAGAGGACCUGGGGGAGGCCGGGUCCAGAGGAGCAGCCGCCCUCAGCAGGAGGUCCAGGCCGCCUAUCACCACAAUGAGUGUCCGGACCCCGCCCCAUCGGCCAGCACCAGAGGAGUGGAGAAUGAGGAGGAGCCUGACGUGAAGCGAGUGAAGCAGGAGGCGGGGCUAGAGUCUCCAGACCACGCCCACCCCACACUCAUCAUACAAGAGGGAUUGGUGGAAUCCAGUACAGACGACUACAAAGCCAGCCUUUCAUUGGACGGCGUCAGCCAGCCGGCCCAGGAGCUCCAGGAAUGUGGGCAGGGCUUCUCAGAGGUCAGCUUUGACCCCUCGUCUCUGUGGACCUAUGGGGGCGUGGGUCUGAGUGGGGGGGUGGGUCUUCCAAGGCCCUCCUCCCCCUCCAGCCCACUGAACAGGACCCUAGUGGCUGGCCCUCCCAAUGGAUUGGCUGCCGGGGGUUCCGGUGGGCUGGGAUUGGCUGCCGGGGGUUCCGGUGGGCUGGGAUUGGCUGCCGGGGCUUCCGGUGGGCUGGGAUUGGCUGCUGGGGGUUCCAGUGGGCUGGGAUUAUCUGUGUCUGGUGGCAGGGGAUUGGCCUCUGCUGGUUCUAGUGGCCGGGGAUUGGCUUCUGCUGGUUCUAGUGGCCGGGGAUUGGCUUCUGCUGGUUCUAGUGGCCGGGUAUUGGGAGUCGGCGGUGGUAGCACUUUUCACUCCAGAGACUCAUUUCUGUCCCAGGACUCUUCUUCCAUCCAGGCUGUCCUCAGGGGUCAGGGCUCACAAUACGUGGCUCAGAGUCUGGACCCAUCGGGGUCCAGGGGGGCGUCGUCGGUGGCCCGACGCCCUAGCCCCACCAAGCGAGCCUGGGCCUGCAGCUUCUGCGGGAAAGCCUUCCGCUCCCCGGCCAACCUGGAGUCCCACCUACGCACGCACACCGGGGAGCGGCCCUAUGGCUGCACCGUGUGCGGCAAGAAGUUCUCCCAGCUGUGGAACCUGAAGAUCCAUGGGAACACCCACACUGGGGAGAGGCCUUACCAGUGUCCGCUCUGCCCUGAGAGGUUCUCAGACCCCAGCAACCUCAAGAAGCACCAGAGAAGACACCACCCCAGCACCUAGACCCCCCCCCACACCUAGACCCACAACACCCCCACCCCUAGACAUAGACCACCUCACACCCAGACCCCAAACAUUCAGACCCACAGCACCCCCACCCCUAGACCUAGACCACCUCACACCUAGACCCACACCCACACCUAAAACAGAACACUUCUAGACCAACACCACCCUUACUCCUAAAACAACACCUCUAGACCCACACCAUCCCUACUCCUCGCACACACCACCCCUACACCACUUAGGGGUCACACUGGAGGUCCCCAGCCCAGAGGUACCUCGGGGUGGAGGUCAACAGUCCAGAGGUCCGAACCAGCUUGGCCAAAAGCAGGUCACAUGUCUUUGCUGUCAUGCAGGCGCUUGAAGUUCUCCCAAGUUUCAUAGACUGGGUCGAGAUCCGUUUUGGGUCGUGGGCUGACACGGAGAAAUCAAGGGCUCUCGUUAAAAUUUAAGGAUUAACAAUUCUGCUGCACUCUGGGAGUUCUGAGUCUGAGGAGGUCAGAGUGUUUUGAGAGUGCGCUGGCGAGAUGUUCCCAGAGUGAGAUGUUCAGAGGUCCGAGUGUUCUGAGCGUGGGGUGUUCUGAGCGUGAGGUGGUGAGAGUUCUCAGACUGAGGUGCUCGGACCAUUCUGAAAGCGAUGCGGUCGGGGUUCAAGCGUCCUGAGAGUGAAGCGUCCAGACCAUCCUGAGACUGAGGCGGUCAGGGUGUUCUGAGAGUGAUGCGGUUCCCCCUGACAAAAGGUCAGAAGCCCUGGUGCUGCCAGCCCCUCUGUGAGCGUAGAUCUUCUUGUUCUUGAUGGAGAGUGAAGCCAAUGUUUCACAGUGCCCCAAUUCAGGAAAUGAGAUCCUCUUGGGAGGAGGUUCAAUGUCAGCAUUUAGAAGUGGUUUCAGUUCACAGUGGAUCGCUAUGGAUCCGCUUUAGUGUUGCGUCAGUUCCAGCUUGCAGACUAGCUCCUGCAGUCAGGCUUCCAACAAACUUUAACUGUUCUUUCGAUCUGUACCUACUUUCAGUUUUUUUUUUUUUACUGAUGUUUUUACAUUAAUAUAUGCUUGCAGUUUAGUUUUUUAUAUUUCCGAUACGACAUUAUCAUGGUACCCGAUUAUAUUUUAAAUUCUUUAUUUCUUUUUAAGAAAAUAUAUAUGAUGUGUGAAUAAUGAAUGAUUGGGAUGGAUAGAUUGGUUUUUUAUUCACCCCCUAGAAACAUGGGACAAUACAUGAAGGGAUUUUAUUGUGUCACAUGUUUGUAAAUUUGAUCUGUGAAGACAAAAUGAUUAAACAUGUUUUAAAAAACAAAAAUGAUGUGCCAAUUUGUGGUUAUUCUAAGAUCGCUUCAUACGAGUUUUGAGAAGUUAAAUUACAAAGUUGUGACACAAUAUUAACCGCAGUAUUAAGAUGACUUACUUUAUCUGUAACAUUACAAAAAGUUAAUUUCAGCCAAUAGGUAGGAAGGAUAGUCUUAGGGGUCAAGGUGUGCACCCCCUUCCUGUUUUUCUUGACCUAUUCUUAAACCUUACUGUAAUGAAAGUUAUAUUGCUGAGCUACAAUGCUGAAUAGUAAAUAGCUGACCUAUCAGAAUGCAGAUCUAUGCUUUAAUUUUCUAAUAUAAUCACUGCUUCCUACAUGUUAACAUUUCUGUCUGCUGCAGCAACUCGUGGAAAUGUUGGGACAAUUGAAACCUAUUUGGACACAAAUCCUGGAUAGCUGACCGCAAUAUUCCAAGUUUUCCAGGGUUCAUAUCGGAGGCUGUGAUUAUUUCACAACACGCAUGUAAAGCAGUUCUGCUCUAUUAGAAACCAUUGGUCCCUUUGAAGCAGAGGAAACCUCUGUAUAGUGUCCUCUGUUCUGGGUGUAAAGAGUCCCCUGGUCAACAAGUAUAGAGUUCACGAGAGUCCUCUGGUCUAUGAAGUAUAGAGUAAUCUGACCCCCCCCCCCCUCUCCUUG